AUGCUUUUCAGACGGAGAGCCAGGAUGUUGCGGUGGCUGGUUUGUGGCCGGGUGGGUCCAGUCUGGAUGUGGAAAGCGCUGCUGCUCUUCGUUGCCAUUGGCUUCGCUGGCCAGCUGUUGGGGGUCAUCUUCAACAAGAGCAGUGUCCACCCAGCCGGUCGCUCCAUCUUCACGUCCCCUGAUGCUCAGGGGCCCUCUCUGGGCUCCUGUCAGCCCCACACCCACAUCAUGUUCCUUAAGACCCACAAGACGGCCAGCAGCACUGUGCUCAACAUGCUGUACCGCUUCGGGGAGGAGCGGGACCUCCACUUCGCCCUGCCACUGGGCUACCAGCUGGGCUACCCACUGCCCUUCAACGCCCACAGAGUCAAAGGUUACCGGGGUCCCAGAGCCGUGGAGUUCCACAUCAUUGGCAAUCACAUGAGAUUUCACAAGCCAGAGGUGGAGAAGGUGAUGCCUGCAGACACUUUCUAUUUCUCCAUCAUAAGGAACCCAGUCGCUCUGGCUGAGUCCUCCUUUGCCUAUUAUAAAGAGGUAGCGCCUGCCUUUCGGAAAGCAAAAACCUUGGGUGACUUUGCUGACGACCCUAGGAAGUACUACGACCCUCGUCUCCGCAACAACCACUACGCCCGCAACCUGUUACUGUUCGACUUUGGCAUGGACCACAAUGCCAAUUUCUCGUUGGCACUGGCUCAGCGCGCCGAGGACAUGAUCCGCCAGACCUUCAAGCUGAUUCUAGUGUCCGAGUACUUUGACCAGUCCAUGAUCCUGCUGAGACACGCCCUCUGCUGGCCGCUGGACGCUGUCGUCUCAUUCAGCCUCAAUGCCCGGCAGCAGAAGCCUAACGGCAUCGGGGGGAUGAGCGGGAGCUGGGUGGGCAAAGUGGCGACGGCGGCCGGUGUCGGUGGAAAAGGGGGCCGCUCACAAGCCAAGGCAGCAACCAAUAUUACGGAGGAGCAGCGGGAGAAGCUGCGUCAGUGGAACGCCCUGGACUGGCAAUUAUACAAAUCAUUCAACCGGACCUUCUGGGAAGAAAUCAAUCGGUUCGGUCACGCCCAGAUGGAGGAGGAAGUGGCUCUUCUAAAGAUGCGGCGGGAAGAUCUGGCCCGGGUUUGUCUCAGGGACGGCGGGAAGCCCGUGGAGGCACACCGGAUCCGAGACAAAAACAUCCGCCCCUACCAGAGUGGGUUGGUGAAGAUUCUCGGCUACGAGCUCCAGCCGGGGCUGGACAAUGCCACCAGGGCGUCCUGCCUGAGGAUGAUCCGGCCCGAGAUCCAGUACAAAGACGUGCUGGAUGCGAAGCAGUUCCCGCGGGCCCAAGGCCAGCCCGGGCAACCGAACCAGGGUCCGAUGGCUGCAGCUGGCGGCUCUCUUUUAAGACAAGACUUGUCCAGGACAGGAGAGAGAGGCCGGUGGGGGGGAGGCUGGGGGAGGACAGUGGAGGAGGGGGAGAGAGACUGGGACGGAAGCCGCUUAAUGAGGAGGAACCGGACUUUGAUAGGGGGGCAAGAUAAAGGGCGAUUGAGCUGA